UCCGUAAUCACGUUUAGUCUGAACAGCUGAAAGGAUUUAUCAUACUGGACAAUGGACGCAGAAGGAUUUGAUGACUCAGAGCUACGCCUGGUGCUGGUGGGAUCUCAGAGGUUUGGGACAAACGCUGUGGCCAGUUCCUUACUGGGCCUGGAGGGGUCGAGUGCCCAGGACUGGGGCAGACGCACGGCCCGCAGCGUGACCCGCUCUGCAGAGGUGGAGGGUAAGCGGGUGCGGCUGGUGAAAGCACCUGCCUGGCUGCGGAGCUACCACCUCCAGGACACGGCUGAGCUGGUGAGGCAGGAGCUGGUGCUGAGUCUGUCCCACACUCGGCCUGGGCCACACGCCUUCAUUCUCCUGUGUGAGGUGGACCUGCCUUUCACCAGCGCCUGUGCCCGGGCAGUCACAGCCCACCUCAGCCUGCUGGGCCCACACGUAUGGACUCACAGUCUUCUGCUUUUCACCUGUGGAGACUGGCUGGGACACAGUUCCCUGGAGGACUACCUGAAGGGGGAGGGCAUUUACCUGGCUCAGCUGUUGGACAGGUGUGGACACAGGUACCUGAUGGACAACACCAGCACUCCCGACCUCAGCCGCAGAGUGCUGACCAAGGUCCAGGAGCUGCUCAACGCCAAUGGAGGGCAACACUUCCACAUAGAAGAGGACAGAAUACAGAGGAUUGUCCAGAGCAGAGAAGAAGUGAAGAGGAGAGCAGAGCGCAGGAGGAAGAGGAGGAAGAAAAGCGAGGAGGGGACAAGAGCGAAGGACUGCUCCCUCUCUGAGAUCACCGUUGUUCUGCUGGGUUGGGUUUUCGCUGUAAAGACCAAAGUCCGCCGUGCUCUCCUCCGAGACCUUGAACAAGAAGGUCGAACUAUGAAGUGUACUAAGGCCAGUGUGGACCUGAGCGAACAUCUCAAACUCACUGUGGUGGACACUCCUGGGUGGUGGAAGUAUUUCUCUCCCAGUUUAGUUCCUCAGCAUGUCAGGGCAGAGAUCCUCAAGGCGUUCAGGGCGUACCAGGAGGCAGGAGGUCGGUCUACUCAGGGCCGUGCGGUGUUUCUGAUGAUCCCAGCAGACACGUCUUUCACUCAGGAGCAGUUGAAGAUCAUACGGGACAAUAUGAGGCCGCUGGGAGAGCAGAUUUGGAGGCGCACGAUUCUGGUGUUCACGCGAGGACACUGGCUCGGGGAGUUUACCAUCGAGCAGCACAUCGAGAGCGAAGGGGAAGCUCUGGUGUGGCUGGUGGAGCAGUGCGGGAACAGGUACUUCGUGUUUGAUGGAGACGCAGAGCAGAGUGGACUGGAGACUCAGGGACACCAGCUGAUCCAGAUGGUUUUGGACCUGUGCGAGUCCGGACCAGAUCCACACCAAAAUCCUGGACCUAAAACGGUACAGGAACCUACAGAGGAGCUUGAGGAGGAGCCAGUGGAUGAAGACCUGCAGAAGAUGGUGGGCGUCCUGCAUAAAGUCUGGGCCUGGGGAUCAUGGGAAAUUGAGGAAUUAGCAGCAAGAUUUUUUGAGCGACCUUUGUACGAAUUUGCAGAUGUAGCGAGCAUGCACCUCACCAAUAUGUUCAAAGGCUCGUCAGAUUUGAAUCUGAUCAGACAGCCCCGAGAAGAGGUGGAGAAGAUUCUGAGGGAGGAGAUGAGAGGCAAGAGUCUGGAGGAGGUGGUGGAGGCCGCUCUGCAGAUCUACUUCAGGAAGGAGGUCGGAGCCUUCGACAUCGUGUCCAUUAUUUGUGAGAAGGACCAGUUCAAACCAGAGUGGAAGAGUUUGUUUGAGAGAGAAUGGGCCAGACGAGAAGUGAGGCUUAAGGAGUAUGUGUUUAACAGCUACGUCAGGGCAGGGGCAGAUGAGGCUCGCAGACUGAUUGAGAGCCAUAACAAAGUCUCUGCCUGGCUGGACGCGAUGCCUCCGUCCAUUGAAGACCUGGUGAAAAUAAUCACGCUCAAACUCCAGUCUCUGGUUUCUCAGUCGGUCAAGUCUGUGACUCGGAGCAGUUCUCCACAUGGGUUUGUUACAAUGUGAGACGUUUUGUUUUCUUAAAGUGCCAAAAUAAAUGUCUCAAAUGCCACUCCAGUUUUGUCGUGUUCAGAUGCCUUUCUUCUAUGUGAAUGUGUCUGUGUUUUGAGCACAAAUGAUUGAAGUGUGUUGCCCAUGGACAUUACAAAAUACAAUGUCUGAACCUGCAAAGUAAUCACAACCUUUGGAUCAGUGCAGUGUUAUCAUGGUUUCCUUCUGCAUAUUUAAUGAUACAGUUUUUGUGUUUUCAUUAACUGUAGCCUAUAUCAUGACUCAAUGGCCUGCCCCAGAUAAGGACCUAUAAUGGGGUAAAAAUUAGUCUGCAUGAAGGAUUUAGUUUUUGUCUAAUUGGACAUUGUUUGGCCAAUCCGGAGCCCUAAGCAACACGGUCAAUCAAACCUGUUGCUUACACUAGCGGGGGUGACCUCAGGGAAAAAAAAAGGUGCCUAAUUUGUCUUUUAUUAAUGUUCAUAUCUUGAUUCAAGGACAAAAUUGUGAAAUAAAAAUACCAGGAUCAUGUAGAGCAGGUUAAUACAAACAGUUGAAGACCAAAAUGACGAGGCCAGAAACACGCCUAAUAUCACUUCCUAUUUGAAACACGGUGACUAGCACAUUAGCUGUGCUGUGAUUGGUUGAUCCACAAAGUCUUGCAAAUUAAAGUUUGUAUGCAAGUCUAAUGUGAUUGUUGCCUAGGAUCCAGAAUACACUCUUCACUACUUUACAAAAAUGUGAGUCUGGUCACCGGUGAAUCUCCCCGUUUUCUAAUGUGAUUGGCACGUUUAUUAGUCCGUAUUAUUUGACCGGGCUUGAGACCCAACAGAGGGAGUGGUGACCAGACUAAUAUCAAUCAAUGAAUUUCCACGAAACACCUGGACGCUGAUUACAGUUCAGGUGUGAGUGUAUAACCAACAACAACUAGCAUGCUAACAGCACACUGGCAUCACUUCCUCUGUAUUCACUGUUCCUCCUCUGUACUGUGCAUUCAUUCAUGCAUAGUUCAAGGGUCAAAUAACACAAAACAAAACAUCAAGCUGACUAUGAUAUUGCCCAUAUGUCAAAAAAAAUGUUGUUUGAGAACUGUAAGAAAGCAACUAUCAGGAACAGGGAUAUUUUAUUCAUGAUUUGACGAGAGCCAAGUGGAAACAACUGUGUGUGACAGAUAAGUCCCAGAUAAUUGUUUCGCUGACAGGGGGUGUAAAGACAAUUCAUGCUUUCUAGUAUCACAUAACAGUUCAUUUUAUCUGCUCCCCAUCUCUGUUUUUACUAUUUUAAAAAUGUUAAUAAAAUUAUUUAAAGAGC